UUGUGUGAUUGCAGGGAUAUGGCAAGUUCACAGAGUGCACAGAGGUCACCCCACCUGCAGACUGAUGAUGAUGAUGACAGCACACCAAGAUUUCAACCUACAGUAUGUGACUCACAGAGUCACGCAGGUGGAUGGCGUCUCUUUCUCCUGGCUGUUAUUCUUCCAGGCGUCCACCUCCAGAGUAAUGGCAGCUCAGUCCAGCCUGCCUCUGACUCUAAGGCUCAGAUCUACCGGCCGGUCCUGCAGCCCUCUGAAGCUAUUCCUCCAAUAGGGAACUACAUUCUGAACAGCCCCAAUGGGAAACCCUGCAUCAAAGCCACAAUGGGAGCCGAGUACAUCAUCAACGAAAAGAAGAGGACCUGGUAUUUCAACCUGGACCCCUCCAGGGUUGAAGUCAGCGGUUACUGUAGCAAGGACUCUGCUGUUCUCUCUCUUGCGAUGCCGAACAACGGUGCCAGUCUGCAGCUCACCUUCCAAAAGGAGAAGAACGUUUUCUACAUUACCAAGCUGACUGCUGAUGUGUCUCCUGUACCUGUUUGUCAAAGAUGUUCCAACAAAACUUACUCUGGCUUGUUGGAGCAUGAGAAGUUGUUCAAAACAACUAAUGGUCAGAGCUUCAACUGCAAAUCUGAGAAUCUGCUACUGGUGUCAUCUGAGAUGAAGAUCAAGCUGGUCCCUCUGAAGAUGCAGGCCUUCACUCUGCCCAGCAACGGGCAAUAUGGAAAAGAGAUGGAGUGCUGGGCCGACUUCAACAAGCGAGUCAUUCCCAUCGUCAUCGGGGCCACGGUGGUGGGCCUCUUCCUGAUCAUAGUGCUGACCUUCCUGUUCGUCAAAGAUCGUCGCAGACAAGGUUACGACAGGCUCUGAGCUCGCUGGGAAACUGGAUGGAGAUUAGCUCUGUCUCAAAGAAUAUCUCACACUCUGCUACUGUUACAAACAGUUCUCAAGCUUCUCCUCCUUAACCCGUAUUUGACUUUUUUAUUUCAGGAGUGUUGAAUCUUUAAUUGCAAAAAUAUUAUUAAAUGUUUACAUUCUCUUAGUGACAGGUAUGCAUUUCAUUUGUCUCUGCUUCCCCUGCUGUUUGUUGUAAUAUAUAUUCUGAUUUGUUGUGUUUUCAACAGUUAUGUAAUAAAAAAAAGAGAUAGUGUGCUGAAAGUUAGAUAUUGAAUCUUUAAUUAAACUGGCAAUAUAAAUGAA